CCUGCAAAACAUACUUGCCAAACUCUUCUCUUUUACAUCAGCAACUAAAAUAUCGAAUUCUGAUCUGAAUCCAAUAGGGAGAGAGGGAAGAAGGGGUGAUAAUGAUAAAGUCGAUAUUAGUUUACACAAUAAUCAUAAUUAGUGUCCUCUUUCUCCUCUCCCGCACUCAUAACAAACAACAACAGAUUCACCCUUCUGCCGAGUGGGAUGAGGAUGAGUUCAAUGUCACUAACAGAAUCGCCCGCCUCUUCCCUGAAAUCGAUGUGGACCCCACUGAUCAGUUUGUCUCCGUUCAGGAAUUGACUCAGUGGAACGUUCAUCAUGUCCAACGACAGAUUUUGCAUCACAGCCAGAAGGAGAUGGUUGUUUAUGAUAAGAAUCGCGAUGGUUUUGUUUCCUUCUCCGAGUUCGGUCUUUUCACUCCCACUACAGGUGAUCCUUUUGGUUACGAUUUGAGGCUGUUGGAAGAAGAGCAUUUUAAUGCAUCAGAUGUAGAUGGUGAUGGUCUUCUGAACUUAGCUGAAUUCAAUGAUUUUCUUCACCCCGCUGACAGCAAUAACCCAAGGCUUCAACAAUGGUUGUGCAAGGAGGAAGUCCGGGAAAGAGAUAUGGACAGAGAUGGGAAAGUCAGUUUUAGAGAGUUUUUCUAUGGGCUCUAUGAUUUGGUAAGCAACUAUGAUGAAAAAAGUCACAAUGAUUCACAUCAUUCUGAUCAUUCAAUGGAUGCUUCAGCUAAGGUUUUGUUUUCUCAGCUUGACAAAGAUUUUGACGGGUAUUUGUCCGAUAUUGAACUGUUGCCUAUAAUUGGGAAAGUUCAUCCAUCUGGACAUUAUUAUGCAACAAAACAGGCAGAAUACUUAAUGUCACAGGCAGAGGUUGACAAUGAUGGGCGCCUUAAUUUGACUGAGAUGAUUGAUAAUGCAUAUACAUUAUUUGUUUCUAUUUUCCCGGACGAGUUCUUUUAAGGACAUGUUAGGAAAUUUUGGCAAAUGAGUCUAGAUUUGAAUCCUAUCACUGCAAUUUUUUGCAAUAUCAGUGACAAUGAGUCAUUUUUGAGUUGAAUGGCACAAGUUCAUCGUAGCAGCAGGGAGCUGGGACCAGCAUUGGUAGUCAUACAGUAAUGGACAAAAAACUGGAUCUUCAAUUGGCGUUGCUAAUAGGUGUGGAAUGCUCAUGAAAUCAAUAAAGUAGCUGGUGCUGUCAGCUAUACUCACGUUGGGCAAUUAUUAUGAGCAGGUGCAGCUAGUAGGAUUUCAAGUCAGCAUAUCUUGUAAUUUUGAUUGCUCUUUUCUUAGCUUUUCUUGUGCUUCGACUAGAGCCUAGUAAUGUAUUUCUUUGCAUCUUAAAAAAACAUAACAGUGGGACUAUUUUUUAUGGAUAAAAAUAUAUACGAUAAUUUCUUGUCUGAUAAUAAAUCUUUAUUUUGAA